AAUACUAUAGUCACGUGACUAGUGACGUCAUAGCUAAACAAAACUGCAGCAAAAAAAUAUGGACCGUCGAUGUAAAUCAAAAUGUAUGGAAACAAAACAAAUAAAUGAGGAAUUUGAUAAUACAGAUGAUGUAUCUACCACUCAGUUAAUUGAGAAAAGAGAGGAAUAUCUCAGAAAUUUACUUUUACCCAUUGAAAGUCAACUGGUUGUACUGCAAAGAAUUUUAUAUUGGGAAAUACCAUGGGCUAGUGCGUCGUUGAUUAUCAACGUUAAUUUAUUCUUCUACUUUGCAACAACUUGUAGGCCAAUUUAUCUCAUUGGCAUCAUUUCCGGACUCAUUGUCUCAGUGGAUAUGUGGUUUAACGUAUUCUGGCCUGAAAUAAGAGUGUCCAAACCAGCGAACGAUGACAACGAAGAUUGGACUCCUUUACAUCCUCAAGCAGCUACAGUUCCAGAAUUAGCUAGAACAACAGCAGAAUUCUGGACUACACUUACAUUAUAUGUUAAUUGUCUCAGGAAACUGCGUUCGGAGAGAAAAGUAAAAUUUUUCCUUAUCAACUUCACCAUCUUUUCGUCCAUUCUGUUAAUAAGCUCAUACAUCAGUGGUCUUAUGCUACUAUAUACGAUUGCCAUGUUUCUUUUAAUUACUCCUCCUGUUUCAAAAUAUGGCCUCCUACAGAGGCUAUACGAACGCCUUGAACCGCAUUUAAUGACAAUUGAGUAUAGUCUCAGUAUUCAGAGAAGAAGAAAAAGAAGAAGAGGAAGUGGAAGUGAGGAGUUUAUGGAAGGAAACGAACCACCUCAUAUACAAGUAAAGGACGAAAAAGGAAAUAUUUGCGAAACAGAUGACAGUGAUUUAGACUUGUCUUCAGCAUGCGUUGAUCCACAGAAGUCUGCAGCACUGGCGAAGGUUAUUACAGAUAGCGAAGAUGAAGGAACUGAUUAUGCCCCUUCAGUGGAUGAUUCGCUCAUGCCACCUACUCCAAUGACAAUUAGUUCCACCAGUGAAAUAGAGGAUACUCUCGAUAUAGCUCCCGAACAUUAUGGAGCGGAGAGUCCAAGUCAAACUAGUGAAUUCGAAGACUAUGAUUUAUUGCCAGAUGAGGACCUGGCUAGGAAGGAAAUAUAAUACCAUUCUUACCUUACAGUAAAUUUAUAUAUUUAUAUAGAUAUUCAUCUUAUAUCCUGCUGUGUAAGUCUGCACGCAAAAUGAUUACGUUAAAGUUGGAACAGUAUAUUAUACAUACAUUUCCGUAACAUAAAAGUAUAGAUUUAACAAAUCAUCCGAGUAAUCUAUUAGAAAAUUGAUAAUUUUUGUUUGCAUUACAAGUAAAGGUAAAAUAUACUUAAAAAAAAUGAGUGCCAUCUGAACAAAUGGAAAGAAAACAAGUUGAAUGAAUGUUUAAAGGAUUUUUCUCAUUUUAUAUUUUUCCUCUUUAUAGUAUUUCAUGGGAUUAAAAAAGAGUAGUUUAACUUCUUAAUAACUGCAUUAUGGAAUAUACAGUAUACAAAUUCACAACUCUUUUCUUGAUAUAAAACAGAAUGUUCACAGUAUAGACUAGUUUGUCUUACAAUAAUAUAGAUAUUUGAAAUUGAACACUAGCACUUAGCACUCAAGUUAAAUGCUUUAAAACAUCACUUUUAAGAAGAAAUGAGGAAAAUUUGGAAAUUUGUUUUAAUCGUCACUUGAUUGAAUGGUUUAUUAAUUUUUAUUGCAUUAUUUUUUUUUUUCAAUAGGAAAAAGGUUUGUUAUUUUUCCCCUUUAAAGUAAAAAACUAAUCUAUACAUUUAAGACUGAUGAUUUCGUUUUCAUAUUUUAUUUUCUCGUUUGACUAUUUUUUGAAGAAGUAAAAUAAAUACAAGGAAAAAUUUGUAAUAAUUCUUUCGUUUCUUUAUUAAGAAUACUAUAUAGAGACAUAUGAAACUUCGCAGACGAAAUACGUUACAUGAACAUUUAAAAAAUUUUCUAAUUUCAAAUUUGAAUUUCACUUCACUUAAGACAAAUCGAUGACUCAAUUACACAAGCAAAUGUCUCUUCCUUAAUUUUUUUGAAUUGGUUUGAUUAAUUUCAUUUAAAAAGUUGAAAAAAGUUGAACCAUUAAGGAGCGCCGUGGAAAAUAAGUUUAUGAGAUCACUUAUAAAAACAAUUAAAUGGCAUAUUUUCUAAAUGAAAUGCAAUACAUAUUUCUGUACAACACCGUAGGCUCAAGUCUGCUUCAUCAAGCAUUAAUUAUUUUUAACUAAACUAAUACAGAUACAUGUAGAAGUGUACAUGUAAAGGGAUGUUAUACGACACAAAAACAUAUGUAAAUAUAUGUUUCUUUGUUUGUAUAUGCUUCAAAAAAGACAUAUACAUUUUAUGUAUAUAUAUACACUGUAUAUAUCUAUAUAUAUAUAUAUAUAUAUA